UGAAAACGAAGACCAAGUUACUUGUGUGACAAUCAUUAAUCACUACACUGAUCGGUGAAAACGUAAACCUAUAGAGACAGAGAGAUCUGGAGUAAUGAUGAAGGAAUUGAAAAGUCGUAUUCAGUACGCAAUGUCGUGGAUUCGCCGGCAGCCGCCGAAAGUAAAGGCCUUUCUCGCUGUGGUUUCAGCAAUGACGGUCCUCGUCUUCCUCAGGGUGAUUGUCCAUGACAAAGAAUACCUUUUCUUGGCUUCCGAGGCCGUCCAUGCCACGGGAAUCUCCGUUCUUAUCUACAAGCUCACCAAGGAGAGGACUUGCGCUGGGUUAUCUCUCAAGACGCAGGAGCUCACGGCUUUGUAUCUCGGGGUUCGAUUGUAUUGUAGUUUUGUAAUGGAGUUUGGUCUUCACACGUUACUUGAUUCUGCUGCUUUCUUCACCACUCUUUGGGUCAUCUAUAUGAUCCGUCUCAAGCUUAGAGCUACGUACAUGGAGGACAAAGACAAUUUUGUAAUCUACUACGUUGUAGUCCCAUGUGUUGUUGUAUCUUUCCUCAUACACCCGUCAACACAUCACCACAUCAUAAACAGGCUCUUUUGGGCACUUUGUGUUUAUCUUGAAGCUGUUUCAGUUCUUCCCCAGCUAAGAGUCAUGCAGAACACUAAGAUCGUGGAACCAUUCACAGCACAUUACGUAUUCGCUUUGGGAAUCGCUAGGUUCUUGAAUUGUGCACACUGGAUCCUUGAGGUGUUGGAUACGAGAGGGGGUUUACUGACCGCAUUAGGGUAUGGAACCUAUGGACUAUGGCCUUUCAUGGUCAUUCUCUCUGAAAUCAUCCAAACCUUCAUUCUUGCAGAUUUCUGCUAUUACUAUGUUCAGAGUUUAAUGGGUGGACAGCUCGUCCUUCGUCUCCCGUCUGGUGUGGUCUAAGAAGCUUUGCAAAAUUGAUUGCUUUGAGCUUUCAGAGGUUUUCAUGAUUAUAGAUUUUGAGAUAUCUAAUUUAAUACGUUUGUUAGCAAAGAUGCAUUUACUAGAGUUAGUUUUCCAUAAUAAUGUUUAAUUCGGAUUUCAUUGGUGAUGACGCUUUGAGUCGGAGAUUAUAUAGUUUUUCACACGAAGCUUUGAGUUUAAAAUGAGAUGAAUAUCGCCAUAUUGUUCUCUAAAGUGUGAACUCCGUUUUGGCUGAUUGAGUGUAGAAAGUGCAGAGCCUGUGAAUACAGUUUAUUGGCUGAAACU